GAUGGGACAAGAAUCCUUAUACUGUAGGACUGUGCCAGGUCCAAAAUCUACGUUUUUACAGCAGUCAUCAGCAGACAGCAGACCAGUAUUCUAUUUUUUCUCAGUUCAUUGGUGAGUGUUGGAUUCUUCUGGAUGAUCUCUCCUGGAUUUUUAAAAAUGUUAUUUGUGUAGGCUACACAUUGCAAAAUUGCAAUAAUCAAUGAUAGCCAACGCACAUCGCUGGACCUUGUCCGAGAGAAAAAGCCAGCCCUGGGAGUACACUUUCAUGAGCCCAGCCACAACUCCGUGCGCCGAGGAAUCAACAAGUGAUUUAUAACUCUGCUACUGAAAUAAUCUAAACUCGUUAUAAACAAAGAAAACGUUAAAAAAAAUGGCAAGAUACUUCAGUUUAAUGAACAAGGAAUCAAAGUAAAAUUAAUUUGUGUAUUAAUUUUAAUAGGGUCUUCAAACGUAGUUUCCUGGGAUUUCUGGAGUCAGAAAGUCAGUUCAUUCUGUCCAUUUGCAACAAAAGGAUAAAAAAAGGAUACUGCGGUUUCGCGAAUGCAUAUCUAGAUUAAAGUGCACAACGCGAUGCUUCCAGUGUUCUUAUUGGCCCUGGUAUAUCUUGCUUGUCAAAUAAGAGUUGGGAUAGGAUGCCAGUUGCCUUCCGAAUGGAGACCGCUCAGCGAGGGAUGCCGAGCGGAGCUGGCGGAGAUCAUCGUGUACGCCAAGGUGCUGGCCAUCCACCAAGAGACGUACAGCAGUAGCCUGUACAACUACCUGCCCUACCAGUACGAGGGCGCGGAUGACGGACUUUUCUACUCGGCGGAAGUAGAACUGCAGUGCGACCAGGCGUGGGGCAGCAUGCUUGAGGUGCCCGCCGGCUCGCGCCUCAACCUCACGGGGCUGGGGUACUUCUCGUGCCAUUCGCACACGGUGUUGCAGAAUUACUCCUACAUCUUCUUCCUCAGGAUGGAUGAAAAUUACAACAUCCUUCCACACGGAGUCAACUUCCAGGACGCCAUCUUCCCAGACACACAGGAGAACCGCAGAACCUUCUCCAGCCUGUUCCAGUUCUCCAACUGCUCCCACGGCCAGGCCCUCCAAAGCUUCAGCCCCGACUGGGAAGCCCAGGAGGACAGUCGGCUCCUGUGCUCCUCGGUGCAGCUGGCCCUGUUUGAGGAAGAGGAGCGCGUGAGGAAGCUGCAGCAGCGCAUGGCGCAGCUGGAGCAGCGGAACCGGCAGCUGAAGGAGCGCGUGCGCAAGGUGAAGCGCUCGCUGCGGCAGGCGCGCCGGGCCGGCCAGCGGGCCGAGCGGGACAACCAGGACCUGCGGGAGAAGCUCGCCACCGCCGCCGCCGCCGCCCCCGCUGGCCGCCAGGCGGGCCACCACCUCAACGCCGUUGAGCGGGAGACCCCGCCCCAUCGCUACGCCAAGGGCAAGUGAUCGGUGGGGGAUGCUCAAAGCAACCCUCCCCUAAAUGCCUCCCACCUUCCCCUCUCUCCCCUCUACG